AUGGAAAAUAAUACAACUUGUGCAGAACGUAACAUACUAAAAAGAGUAAAAUUAGAUAUUGACCAACUUAUUAUUACAAAUGCAUCUCUUCAAGAUGAGCAUCUUGUAAAAUAUGUGAUGAGCACAGUAUAUCACGAUUUGAAGAACCUUAUCGAAGAUGACAUUGCUCAGUCUGAUUUGGCAGGAAAAGCGAUGCAAAUUAUUUGUCAAGGUUUGGGCAACGGCUAUAAAAAAUCAAUACAUCAAUCGAUUGAACGACAUGAAUUUUGGCAAGUGUUUCAUAAAACAUUUUCAUUUAUAUUUGAGAAUACUUGUCGAAUCAAUUAUGCACUUACUGAAAACAAUGGAAAAACGUUCAAGUCAAUGUGUUUUCUUAUGAAUUGUUUAAAGCCAUCUCAAGGCAAAACACAUCAAAUUGUUCAAAAAUGCUUAUUCACCGAUCAUUUCAUCGAGAUGUUUAGAAAAUGUCUCAUACUAGUUUCAGAAGACUCUUCUUUAACAAUACGUUGUAUUGUAUUAAAAGAAACACUUCAUUGCUUCUGUUUACAUAUUUCAUCUCAAAUGCGUGAACAAAUUCAAUCGCAGAUCUUCGAGCCUUGUUUACGCUGCUUAUUAUCAAAACUUUACAUAGAGAGUUUUGACCAUUUGGAUAAAGAAAGUGCUGUGUUUUUUACAGAAACUUGUCCUUCAUAUACGUCGACGUAUUGUAUCAAUCAGUACGAGCAAAUCGCAACACAACUGCACGAACCAUUUUUGAAACAUUGGCCAUAUAUCUAUCAAAAGUGGUUUCCUGCAUUGCUCCAUGAUCAGUCGGAAAAACUUGAAAUUCGUAACUAUAAGCGUACUUCUAAUGCUUUCAUUCGAUACUUAGAAAUUCUGACUAUUUGUGCAUCAAUUAAGACACCACGUGAUCAAUUCCCAAACAGUAUUAUAAAAGAUCUUCUAGAUAUUAUAAUCUCAUCAACAAAAAUCGAAACCGAUAAAAAUGGACAAAAGCUCUUCUCGAUUACGGAUAAAUCACACACAUACAUGGUUUUAGUUUUACUUUAUAAUUUGUCGCUGAAUACAAGAUUAGCCUCUGUUCUGAAAGAUAUAAUGCAAGAUGAUAAAGCAAAGCGAGAUUAUAAUGAAACCAUUCUAUUUCUGUGCAGAUAUAAGGAUAGAACUCAAGAUGAAACAAAUGUAGAAAAAAAGAAGAGAAACGAAGAAAAGAUUCAGUUUUUAGCAAAAAAUCUAUUUGCAUUAACAAUCGAUAAUAUUGACAACUUGCAACAACCUGAAGAUUUGGCAUCAAAAUAUGCCAUAUAUUUAACAAACAUGGUUGAAAACUCAACUCAAACACAUUGUGGCAUUCAUUUACGAAGUUUACUUCAAGCUAUGAGAAUAAUUAUUCAAAAUAGGCAUAUGAGAAAUGGGUUAGUAAAGGAAAGCGGCCUACCAUCAUUGACCAAAUCAGCAUGUCAUGAAAAAUUUGAUGGUGAAACAAUCCAACAAUUAGCUCUUGAUCUCAUUUGGACUACCAGUUUUGAUUCAAAAGCAGCAAAAUCUUGUAAAAUCGAUAAGAAAUUUGUCGAAAAGCUCAAAUUUUUUUUACAAUCAAAUAUUCCAGAAAUAAAAUCUAGUGCGGAUGGAAUAUUAUGGCGAGUUGAAGGUGAAGCAGAUUUUCAAUUGAGAAAAGCAAGCGAACGAGGUACAUCCGUAGAUCAUGAUGCUAAUUUGGCUAUGAAUAUUGAAGAGGAUCACACUCAAGUUUAUGUUUGGGUUGAAAUUAAUGGAAUGAGAUUAUCGAAACUUCGUGAGAGUUUGACACGUGAAGAGUUAGAACAAAUUCAAGAAAAGCGUAUCAAAGAGGAAAACAUUGAAAAACAAAAUGUACCUCGUUAUGACUACGAUAUUAUGAUUAGCUAUUCUCAUGAUAAUGCCGACAUGUGUCACUUAAUUCAUGAAUGUUUGAUAAAAACAGGCAAAUAUCAAGUAUGGAUAGACAAAAAUAAAAUGUACGGUUCAUUAAUGGAACGCAUGGCAGAAGCAAUUGAACAAUCCGAAACUAUACUUAUCUGUGCAUCAAGUGAAUACAAAACGAGUCAAGCUUGUCGAUCAGAGGCUGAAUAUGCGUACAAGAAGAAACGUCGUAUGAUAUUCAUCAAAGUUGAACAGAAAUAUACUCCUAAUGGAUGGCUUGGUCUCUUAUUUGGUAAUACUUAUUAUACUGAUUUUAUUAAAAGUGAUUUCUCAAAAGCAUUCAAAGAUCUUUAUGAACAGUUACACAGGCAUCGCAAGGAUACGAAUCCCGAUUAUUCCAUUUUGGAUAAAAUCUUAACACGUGAAGUUCUCGAUAAAGCUUCUGAUAUUGUGCAAAAAAUGAAAGAAAAGAAACAACAAACUACGGGAUCACCAAGUUCAAAUACGAGCUCAUGUGUUCCAGUAAUAUCGAAUACUGUUAAUACAUCAAAUACCAAUACCGAUUCCAUAACAGAUACCAAGAAUUCAAAUACGCCAGAAAAGCCAACUAAUCGAUUAAACACACCUUUAGUUAUUGAAGAAACAUUAGCAAACUUAUCGACCGAUUCAAAAUUUACAAUCAAAGAUUCCAAAGUACAUAUCGACAAAAACUCUUCAAAAUUGAUGAAUAAACCGUCGGAAACUGUUGAUCACGCAUUGAAACCAGAAAGUUCACCUCGAUCUGCUAAAACUACAAGUCGUUCGAGUAACAACAACCCUGUAGUUUUUGGCAUAUAUCCAAAAAGGGCACUUCCACCUAUUGUUUCUCCCAGAACGCCUGCUUCAUUUUCCAAGAUAUGUGAUAAUACACCUACAUAUUCAAAGUUAUCUCAGCCCAUCGAUCACUCAGAUAUUCCAAUGAACAUCUCUCGUUCAGAGAAUCAUGAUGAUUCUGAUUCAAUUUCAUCUUACUUGAAUGUAGGAACCGAUAUUGAUGAUAUAAGUUCUGUUGACAAUAUUUUAAAUUUAUCGCCAAUGAGUACCUCGCUUAACGAGGAUUACGAGUCUGAUUUUGAAUCUGAACAGGAAACGAAUUCGGAAGACGAUACAUUUUCAGAUGAAACAGAGGAUUGUUAUCAAAAGAAAACAGUCGAUCAGUGGUCGCAACGGGAAGUACUAAAAUUUCUUUUGGAAAAGAAACUGACUAGUGUAUUACAAUUGUUUGGCAACGAUACAAUCAAUGGCCAACGUUUGCAAGAAUUAUAUUCGAUCAUUAUUCCAAAAUCUACAGAAUCGCUAAAUAAGUUGAGAGAUAUGUUGAAUUCUUCUCAAACGAUAACAAUGCCUGCAGAUGAUUUGGAACGAUUUCAAGAAGAAUUAAAGAAACUGAUCCCAAAGACUUCUUGCAAUGAAUCUGUAGUUUGCGAAAUCAUGUGA